AUGUCUCUAAAGGGUAAAUUUUUCGCCUUUUUACCUAAUCCUAACACAUCUUCCAAUAAGUUCUUUAAGAGUAUAUUGGAGAAAAAGGGCGCCACAAUUGUGUCAAGUAUUCAAAAUUGUCUUCAAUCUAGCCGUAAGGAAGUGGUCAUUUUGAUUGAGGACUCCUUUGUUGAUUCUGAUAUGCAUUUGACUCAGAAAGAUAUUUUCCAAAGGGAAGCAGGCUUAAAUGAUGUCGAUGAAUUUCUUGGUAAGAUUGAACAGUCAGGCAUUCAAUGUGUGAAAACCAGUUGCAUCACAAAGUGGGUCCAGAAUGAUAAAUUUGCGUUUCAAAAAGAUGAUUUGAUUAAAUUUCAACCAUCCAUUAUCGUUAUAUCAGAUAACGCUGAUGACGGACAAAGUUCUACUGAUAAAGAGAGUGAGAUUUCAACUGACGUAGAAAGUGAAAGGAAUGAUGACAGCAACAAUAAAGAUAUGAUACAAGCUUCAAAACCUCUUAAGCGACUCUUACAGGGGGAUAAAGGAAGAGCUUCCCUUGUUACUGACAAAACGAAGUACAAAAACAAUGAAUUGAUUAUCGGAGCGUUGAAAAGGUUAACAAAAAAAUAUGAGAUCGAAGGUGAGAAAUUUCGUGCAAGAAGUUAUAGACUGGCUAAACAGUCGAUGGAAAAUUGCGAUUUCAAUGUUCGUUCCGGUGAAGAAGCACAUACUAAAUUAAGGAAUAUCGGGCCUAGUAUUGCCAAAAAAAUACAAGUUAUAUUAGAUACGGGAGUUUUACCAGGUUUAAAUGAUUCAGUGGGAUUAGAAGACAAGUUGAAAUACUUCAAAAAUUGUUACGGCAUUGGGUCGGAAAUUGCUAAACGCUGGAAUCUUCUAAAUUUUGAAAGCUUUUGUGUUGCAGCUAAGAAGGACCCAGAGGAGUUUGUAUCAGAUUGGACAAUUUUAUUUGGUUGGUCAUAUUACGACGAUUGGUUAUGCAAGAUGUCUCGGAAUGAAUGUUUCACACAUUUAAAGAAGGUUCAAAAAGCGCUGCGUGGCAUUGAUCCUGAAUGCCAAGUCGAAUUACAGGGAAGUUAUAAUAGGGGCUAUUCCAAGUGUGGUGACAUUGAUCUUUUAUUUUUCAAGCCGUUUUGUAAUGACACGACCGAGUUGGCAAAAAUCAUGGAAACGCUUUGUAUUAAGUUGUACAAGGAUGGCUAUAUCCAUUGUUUUUUACAGCUAACGCCAAACUUGGAAAAGCUAUUCUUAAAAAGAAUAGUGGAGAGAUUUCGUACAGCGAAGAUUGUUGGGUAUGGAGAAAGAAAGAGGUGGUAUUCUUCUGAGAUAAUCAAGAAAUUUUUCAUGGGAGUCAAAUUGUCUCCAAGAGAAUUAGAAGAACUGAAAGAAAUGAAAAAUGAUGAAGGCACAUUGUUAAUUGAAGAAGAAGAAGAAGAAGAAACAAAAUUAAAACCGAUUGACCAAUAUAUGUCUCUGAAUGCCAAGGAUGGAAAUUAUUGCAGAAGAUUAGACUUUUUUUGUUGCAAGUGGGAUGAGCUUGGAGCAGGAAGAAUACACUAUACUGGAUCUAAAGAGUACAAUAGAUGGAUAAGAAUAUUGGCAGCGCAAAAAGGCUUCAAGCUUACACAACACGGUUUAUUUCGAAAUAAUAUCCUUCUCGAAAGCUUUAACGAACGCAGAAUUUUCGAGUUAUUAAACUUAAAAUACGCUGAACCCGAACAUAGAAAUAUCGAAUGGGAAAAAAAAACUGCAUAA